AUGCCAUCUCUGCCUCAAGAAAAAGUUAUUCAGGGGCCUUCUGCGUUGGAUCUGAGUACAGAGCUGCCUUUACAAAGCACACUGAAAAGGAGAGUCAGAAAGAAGAAAAAGAAGGGAACAAUUACAGCCAAUGUUGCUGGGACAAAGUUUGAAAUUGUUCGUUUAGUAAUAGAUGAAAUGGGAUUUAUGAAAGCUUCAGACGAGGAUGAAACGAGUAACCUGAUAUGGUGUGACGCCGCAGUCCAGCAGGAGAAGAUCGCAGAGCUGCAAAACUACCAGAGGAUCAACCAUUUUCCAGGAAUGGGGGAGAUCUGUAGGAAAGAUUUCUUAGCAAGAAAUAUGACCAAAAUGAUCAAGUGCCGGCCUCUGGAUUAUACCUUUAUUCCUCGAACAUGGAUCUUCCCUGCUGAAUAUACUCAAUUCCAGAACUACAUGAAAGAAUUGAAGAAAAAAAGAAAGCAGAAAACUUUUAUAGUAAAGCCAGCUAAUGGUGCAAUGGGUCAUGGGAUUUCUUUGAUAAGAAAUGGUGACAAACUUCCAUCUCAGGAUCAUUUGAUUGUUCAAGAAUACAUUGACAAGCCUUUCCUAAUGGAAGGCUACAAGUUUGAUUUACGAAUUUACAUUCUGGUAACAUCAUGUGAUCCACUGAAAAUAUUUCUCUACCACGAUGGACUUGUGCGAAUGGGAACGGAGAAGUAUAUUCCACCUAAUGAGUCCAAUUUGACCCAGUUAUACAUGCACCUGACAAACUACUCUGUGAACAAACACAAUGAGCGUUUUGAAAGGGAUGAGACAGAAAACAAGGGCAGCAAACGCUCCAUCAAAUGGUUUACAGAAUUCCUGCAAGCAAAUCAACAUGAUGUUGCCAAGUUUUGGAGUGACAUUUCAGAAUUGGUUGUUAAGACUCUCAUUGUGGCAGAGCCUCAUGUCCUGCAUGCUUACCGGAUGUGCAGACCUGGGCAGCCUCCGGGGAGUGAAAGUGUCUGCUUCGAAGUCCUGGGAUUUGAUAUUUUGUUGGACAGAAAGCUAAAGCCGUGGCUUCUGGAGAUCAACCGAGCUCCGAGCUUUGGGACUGAUCAGAAAAUAGACUAUGACGUAAAAAGGGGAGUGCUACUAAAUGCACUGAAGCUCCUCAACAUCAGGUCCAGCGAUAAAAGGAAAAACUUAGCCAAACAAAAAGCUGAGGCUCAGAGGAGGCUUUAUGGUCAGAAUUCAAUCAAAAGGCUCUUGCCAGGUUCCUCAGACUGGGAGCAGCAGAGGCAUCAGCUGGAGAGGCGGAAAGAGGAGUUGAAAGAGAGACUUGUUCAAGUGCGAAAGCAGGUCUCUAAAGAACAACACGAAAACCGACAUAUGGGGAAUUAUAGACGAAUUUAUCCUCCUGAAGAUAAAACUCUACUUGAAAAGUAUGAAAAUUUGUUGGCUGCUGCCUUUCAGACCUUUCUUUCAGGAAGAGCAGCUUCAUUCCAGCGUGAGCUGAACAAUCCCUUGAAAAGGAUGAAGGAGGAAGAUAUUUUGGAUCUUCUGGAGCAAUGUGAAAUUGAUGAUGAAAAGUUGAUGGGCAAAACUUCCAGGCCUCGAGGACCAAAGCCUCUCUGUUCCAUGCCUGAGAGUACAGAGGUGAUGAAAAGACAGAAGUACUACAGCAGUGACAGCAGUUAUGAUAGUAGUGAGAGCUCUUCAGAAUCAGAUGAAAAUGAAGAGUACCAAAAUAAAAGAAGAGAAAAGCAAGUUACUUAUAAUCUUAAACAGUCCAACCACUUCAAAAUAUUCCAACCAUCCAGUUCCAUAAGGCGUUCAUUCAGUUGCCCUCGGUCCAUCUCUUCUCAAUCACCUUGUAGUGCGGACAUCCGUCCUCUUUCUGCUCAACAAACGAUGUCAGCAUCCCGGACAACUUCAUCGUGUCGAUCACAUUCCUUAAACCGUGCUUCCUCCUACACGAGGCAUCUGCCUCAUAAUAAUGAUGCCAGCUCUAACUUUCAAGUGAGUGAGUCUUUGCGGCAACCGAAAACAAAAGAACAAGAAGAGGAUCUAACAAGUCAGACCUUAUUUGUUCUCAAGGACAUGAAAAUCCGUUUUCCAGGGAAAUCAGAUGCAGAAUCACUACUUCUGGUGGAAGAUAUCCUUGAUAACUGGAAGCUUCAUAAAACAAAAGUGGCUUCAUAUUGGCUCAUAAAAUUGGACUCUGUAAAACAACGAAAAGUUUUGGACAUAGUGAAAACAAGUAUUCGCACAACCCUUCCACGCAUCUGGAAGGUGGUUGAUGUCGAUGAACUACCUUUAUAUCGGAUUUUUAACCGGGUUUUUAAUCGCUUACUCUGGAGUCAUGGCCAAGGACUAUGGAACUGUUUCUGUGAUUCAGGGUCCUCUUGGGAGAGUAUUUUCAGUAGAAGCCCAGAGGUGGUGACUCCUUUGCAGCUCCAGUGUUGCCAGCGCCUGGUUGAACUAUGUAAACACUGCCUGCUUCUGGUUUACAAAUAUGAAACAGAGACAAGAGGAUCACUCUCAGGCAUUGGUACCGACUGGGGAAAUUCCAGGCAUUUACUACCGAGAAGUACAUUCUUCAUGAGAUCACCAGUCUACAACUUGAAAUACAAUUCACCUGGAAUGACUCGCUCCAAUGUUUUGUUUACAUCCCGAUGA